AUGCAAAUAACAGUGAGAUCAACCACUUUGAUAAUGGAGUUUGAAGAGAUUAUCAGCAGUGCAGGGGAUAAAUUAGUUGUGGUUGACUUUUUUGGCGCCUGGUGCGGGCCCUGCAAGCAGUUUGCGCCCUUAUUUGAAGAUCUCUCAAGCUCUAUGCCUGAUAUAAUUUUCUGUAAAGUCAACGUUGAUGAAUGCCCACAACUGAAAGAAAACACAUAA